AUGCGUCUUACAAACCUCGCAGCAGGCGUAGCCUCCCUCGGCCUCGCUGGCGCCGGAGCCAUCCCCCGUCUUUCUGACCUUUCUGAUGCGAUUUGCGCCAAUGCUCUGUUCGCGGGCGAGGUCCUGCACCUCUCGCUUAACAUCAUUGAGGCCCCUGUGGUCGUCGACGUUGACCUCGUCCACAACGCCGUCGUUACUAUUGCCAAUACGAUUCUUAUUGAGGUCACUAAUGCGCCCACUCGCUUGCACACGACUGUUUAUGCGACUACAACUGCUACCGUGACCAGGACUGUUUCUACUGCUACUAUUUCCGCGGAAACUGUCGCUGGUACUACUGUCACUGUGACCGCUGGAGAAAUCCCGGCUCAGACGCAGGUUACUGUUCCUUCUGCUACUGGCCAUGGUAAUGGAAACACCAUCAAGACUGAGAUCAACACCAAGGCCAACCUCGUUCAGCCCUCUAGUACUACCACCGCCACAUCGUCGGCCACCUCAGCCAUCACUACCGAAAUCGCCCCCGUCGCCGGCGGCUCGGCCGUAGGCACGGGAAUCAACACCGACCUAUAUCUAAUCAAGCCCUCCCACAUAACAACAACAACAACAACCGCGCAGACACUCACAAGCACGCUGUACGGCGCGAGCUCCAGCGUGAUCAGAACGUACACCACCCCCGUGGCUGUUUCCACACCGACCCCUUCGGCCGUUACUCCCCACUACCCCGGCGACUUCACCAACUGGACGACCUUCAAAGCCAACGGCGUGAACCUCGGCGGCUGGCUGGAACAGGAACAGGUCUUCGACCAGACGUGGUGGAACUCUCACGCGCCCGACGCCGCCGAUGAAUGGAGCUUCUGCGAAACGCUCGGCGAAGCAUGCGGACCGGUCCUCGAGGAACGUUACGCGAGCUACGUGACGACUGCCGAUAUCGAUAGGAUGGCCGCAGUGGGCAUCAACACCCUCCGCAUCCCAACGACCUACGCAGCCUGGAUCUCCGUCCCCGGGUCCGCGCUCUACCACGGGAACCAGAAGGAGUAUCUCCGUCGCAUCGCCAUCUACGCGAUCGAAAAGUACGCCAUGCGGAUCAUCGUCGGGCUGCACUCUCUCCCCGGCGGCGUGAACUCGCUCGACAUCGGCGAGAAGGUCGGGAAUGACGGGUGGUUUUUCAACAGCACGAACCUCGCCUACAGCCUCGACGCCGUCGAUGCCGUCCUCGCCUUUUUCGUCGAAUCCGGAUCCCCCUGGGCCUUUACCCUCGCGCCGCUGAACGAGGCGUCGGACAACCCGGCCGCCUUUGCGUCCCCAAACACCCUCACGGCCAACGGCACAGCCUGGAUCGUCCGCUACAGCAAUGCGGUCCUAGCCCGCAUCGCGCGCAUCGAUACCCGCAUCCCCCUCAUGCUGCAGGACUGCUUCCUCGGCGAGGAGCACUGGUCCCCGCUUUUCCCCGCGGGGACGAACCUCGUCAUCGACACGCACGUGUACUACUUUGCCGCCUCGGGCGUGUACUCGCAGUGGGCGAAUGGUGCGAUCUGCGGACAGGCGAGUGUUGUCGGUGGAGACGGAAAGUUCCCUGUGUUUGUCGGUGAAUGGGCGCUGCAGACCCUGUAUAGCAAUUCCUUUGAAAACAGGAAGAAUCUGUUUGAGACACAGCGGUUUGCGUGGAGUUAUUAUGUCUCCGGUGGAGCGUUUUGGAAUGUUAAGCAUGAGAGUACGGCCAAGGUGGAUGGGGAAGGGGUUCAGAGGGAUUACUGGUCUUUUGAGAGGUUGCUUGAUGAGGGGGUUGUUGAAGGGGUUGUUGCGAAUAAGACGUAUUGUUAG